GCUGCAGCAGUUUUAUGAACGGCAGGGCUGCAUGCAUCUUGAUCCCUUUCCCUCUGAGCCGUUUCAUUGACAAACAUUCCGGUUGCUGCAUUUCUGUCACGGACAGCGUCGAGGAGCGGAACGUCGCCGGGGAGCGGUGCAGAGCAGCAGCAGUGGAAGCCGCAGCUGCAGUGUUCCUUUAACAUUAACCCCCGGUGUUGUUCGCACCAGUUUAUAAGCUGUUGAUUCGCCACUUGGACCCAGACUGGAUCCCUUACGCACCCCCUCUUCCUCCUCCACGCUCUCUCGGGACACCUGAGGUGUGUGUGGGGGGGAAAUCAAGACGGAUUUUGCCACUCGGACCCAUCGGGGGACGUGAGGCGGCGUCAUUACUGCUCACUGGCAGAUUAUUGGAAUUGUUGACCAUGAAGCGCCCGGACGCACCGAUGGAGGAUUCCGGACACUUUUUUAAAUCACGAGACUGCAGCGGCCGGUUCGUGAUGCGAACUGAGCCGUGGGUGGUGUAGCCAACCUCCCCGCACCCUACACACCCCCACCUCCUUAUUCGCGAACACCCCCCCCCCCGCAUUCUUCCCAACCGGGACGCGCAGCCUUGUUUCACUCUAUCGGAGGAACAUGUCCCGGGCAGCGGCUAUCGCGAGCUCCCUGAUCCGCCAGAAGCGGCAGGCACGGGAGAAGGCGAAUGCUUGCCGCGGAACCGGCAGCCCGAUCAACAGCAAAGGCACAAACGAAAAGCCGAGCAAGCUGAACGUGUUCUCGCGUGUCAAAUUGUUUGGAUCGAGGAAGAAACGGAAGAAAAAGCGACCACCAGAGCCCCAGUUAAAGGGCAUUGUGACCAGGCUUUCCAGUCGCCAGGGCUUCCAGCUGCAGAUGCAGCCUGACGGCACCAUUGAUGGAACCAAGGAUGAAGACAGCACUUAUGCUGUGUUCAACCUGAUCCCAGUGGGGCUUCGUGUGGUGGCCAUCCAGGGCGUCCAAACCAAACUCUAUCUGGCAAUGAACAACGAAGGCUUUCUCUACACCUCUGAACAUUUUACCCCCGAGUGUAAGUUCAAGGAGUCGGUGUUUGAGAACUACUACGUCACCUACUCCUCCAUGCUGUACCGGCAGCAGGCCUCGGGUCGGGCCUGGUACCUCGGACUCAACAAGGAGGGAGGAAUCAUGAAGGGAAACCACGUCAAGAAGAACAAGGCCGCCGCACAUUUCAUACCGAAACCACUCAAAGUGGCCAUGUAUCGGGAGCCCUCCCUCCACGACCUGACAGAACUCUCACGGUCAGGUAGCGGCACACCGACCAAGAGUCGCAGCGCUUCGGCCCUACUUAACGGCGGAGGGAAGUCGCCCAGCAACAAUGACUUAUCCUAGCCCCCCACCCCUCACGCACACACACACACACACACACACACACACAUAG